AUGGCCUCCUUUGAGGUACAUGGUUUUGUCCAAGCAUGCACCAAGAAGUCUGAGAUGUCUAAAUCAAAAGAAGCAUUAAUUAAAAUAGUGGAGGAAAAAACGGUUCAAUUGGUGGUCUCUUUCAGCACUGGAGAAAACGAAACAUUUCUGCUAAGUAAUAAUAUAAAAAAUGUGAUCCGAAGAUCUUAUGGAGAAAACCAAAAUUUUCUGUGUCUAACAUUCCAAAACAAUAACUUCAUGUUUGUUGAAGGAUUGACCAACGGAGAUGCUGACAAGUUGAAUACGUUCCUUGAUACCAUCUGUGAAAAUCAGCUUAAACCAUCUCCGAGCUCUGGUAGGGGCAAGGAGGUUUUGAGCUCUGCACCACCAGGAAAGAAAACCAAUAAAAAGCUGGUUCGCAAAGCAUCUAAGAAGUUAAGUAGUGGAUUUUCAGGGUUAGAAGAAGGCAGUGAAACACCUGCCCUUCAGGAUAAGCCUUUGUUAUCUGAACCAUCAGAACAGAAAAGCCAAGAGUCGCUAGAACAUCCGGAUAGGAAGAGGAAAAGAAGAAUACACUUGGGCUCUGAGAUGAAUAAGAAGCUCCGUGUUAAUCAAUACUCUGCAAAAGCUAAGAAAUUCAAGAGGAAUACAAUGAAGCAGAGAAGAAAAAUGGUGAGGAAAGAAACAAAAUCUGAAAAUACAAAGGAAGUGGAAAGCAGCAGCAUCAAGUCUCUUGAAAGUCCUUGCCUUGGUGAUGUUGGUAUUUUCCGAUCACUUUUUGAGAAAAUGUAUUUGGCAUUUAUUUUAAAGCCCAAGAUCAGUGGGGAGGUUAAGUUCAAGUGGCAAAGACUCUUGAUUACUUUGGAUUAUUACCCAGAGAAAGCAUGGCAAGGCCUCCCCAAUUUGGGAAACACAUGUUACAUGAAUGCUGUUUUACAGUCCCUAUUUUCAAUCCCAUCUUUCGUGGAUGAUUUCCUCUAUCAGGACUUCCCAAGGGGUCAAAUUCUCCUUGAUAUAGUUAGCUUACGGAUGGCACAGCUCCUCGUUUUGAAAGAGAUUUAUAAUAACCCAAUCAAGAGGAAGUUACUGGCAAAUAUUAAAGAUGCCAUUUCCGCAGUUGCAGCCAUCUUCUCUGGCAAUGUCCAGAAUGAUGCACAUGAAUUUUUAGGGCACUGCUUAGAUCUGAUGAAAGAGAGCAUGGGAAGAAUUAAAGUGAUUAUGAAAGCUAAAAGCAAAUCGGAAGCAGAAGGUUUAGAUCAACAGGCACUGCCCGGUAGUGCUGCCCUCAAAAUCCCCAUUUGUCCUGUUGUUGCUAAUUUCGAAUUUGAGUUGCUGCGCUCUAUUUCUUGUAAAGCCUGUGAUCAUGUCAUUUACAAAGCGGAGCUAAAUAAUUAUCUCUCAAUGAAUCUUCCUGAAAGAUCAAAAGCACAACCUUUGUCUAUUCAGUCAAUUCUUGAUCUUUUCCUGGGAGCAGAAGACCUGGAAUAUACAUGUGAGAAUUGUAAGCACAAGCAUUCCCUUGGAGUCCACAAAUUUAGCAGGCUCCCCAGGGUCCUUAUUAUUCAUCUGAAACGUUAUAACUUUACUGAGUAUUGGUCAUUAAAGAAGGAUAAACGGGAAGUUGUUAUGCCCACGUAUUUGAAUGUGUCUUCACAUUGCAAUGAAAGUACCGAAGACCCCCUUCCUUUGAGCAAGUACACACGUACUCAGAAUAAACAAGUCUUAAACAUCUUUCAGAUGAUUAAUUUUGAUGCCAACCUGUUAGGGAUAUUUUGGAAGAGGCUGAGUUCGAAAUUGAUGGCUACUCGAGCUUCACCCAAUAAGUCAAACAACCAGUCUGAAUUAGCAGAAAAUCUGGUGGUUUCAAAAAGUUCAAGCAUCGAAAAGCAGCCAGAAAACCUGGAGAAAGUCUCUAGACCAAGUGAAUUAGAGUCUACAUCAACAAAUACCAAUGAGGAAGCAAACAUUAAGGAAGAACUGUUAGUGACAAAUGCCAUGACGGGUUGUAAAGACACUCCCUGUCCCCUAAUGUUUGAAGAUGAAGGUAUAUCCAACAGCAUUCCAGAUACCGAUCUUGCAGAUGUGCCUGAAAAUGCAAAGUCAAAGAAAUAUCUGGAAGAUGACAGGUCUUUAGAACUAAGUUUUGAAUGUGUUGAAGAGAGUCCUGAAGAGUUUUAUGAUGACAUAAUCCUUCAAAAUACUGAAGAGAACCAACAGAGAGAGAGAAUGAGAGUCUAUGAAAAUGCUCCUCAGGAGACAUUACAUACAGAAGAAUUAGAAAAACCUAUACAAUUCAAUUUCCAGGAGGCCGGUAUGAGUUCUCAAGAUGACUCCCUCUGCAAUCCAAGUCCUGCAAAGGAUAUUUUAAAAUCAGAGAAGAUUGAAAUGAAAGCUGAAAAACAGAAAGGAAAUGCAGUGAUGAGAGAUCCUCAUACCUAUCGGCUCAUUGGUAUUAUUAGUCACCUUGGAAAUAGUAUCAAUUCAGGCCAUUAUAUCAGUGAUGCUUAUGACUUUGAGAGGCAAGUCUGGUUUACAUACAAUGAUUUGCAAGUAUCAAGUAUCAAUGAGAUUCCAAUGCAAGGAGCUAGGCUUUGCACUGGCUACAUUUUCUUUUACAUGCACAAUGAGAUCUUUAAAGAGCUGGUACAAAGAGAAGGGAACUCUUCAAAUGGCAGCAGUGAAAGGAAUCCUCCUCAACAACAAGGAGAGUAA